UUUAUUGACUUCCUGUGUCUUCGUUCUAUCAAAAAUUCUCAAGUUCAACCACUAUAACCUUAAAACGUAAACACCAGAAAUAGGAAGUAAUUUUAGUGCUUCUUUGUGCCAAUAUGCACAACAAACAUAAAUUAAAAACCUAAAUUUGCAUGUAGUAUUGAAGCUUUGUGAUCAUGUAGUACGGUAGAAGUCAAAGUGCUAAAAGUGAGGUUAAUGCUGAUAAGUUUUCUCGUCUGCUGCAGUUUACAGCAAUCGAUGUAGGCUUUUCUAAAUAAGGUAGUAACUUGGCUAAUUUGUUUUAAUCCAUUUAACAAUAUGAAUUCAGAAGAAAGUAGAUACUUGACUUUUGCCAAUUGGCCCGCCAACUCUAUAGUUGAUGCUAAACGUGUAGCCAAAGCAGGAUUCUACUAUUUGGGACACGAUUUAGAAGUAAAAUGUUUCGCUUGUGGUAAAACAAUAUCUGAAUGGAAUUACGGAGAUAAAGCAAUGAACAAACAUGCAUCAUUGAAUCCUUCCUGUCCAUUCGUCAAUAAUCCUGCAGGAUGUGGAAAUAUUCCUAUUGAAAGCACACAGUCGUCCAGAGAAUUGUCAAAUCGUAGUUCAACUGAGCUGGAUUCUGUUAUUAUUAAUCCUAGAACGUCACUUCUUGGUUCUGCCAUUCAGCUCUCUCGACCUCCUAUAAUAGAUUACCAGCAAAGUGAGGCGGCAAGACUAGAAUCUUUUACGAAUUGGCCGAAAGCUUACAUAGUUACACCUGAGAGUCUAGCUCGUGCUGGAUUCUUCUACAUUCAUCAGUCAGAUAAGGUGCAAUGCGCGUUCUGCGACGGCAUAGUCAGCCACUGGGAGGCCGGAGACAUCCCCGAGGAGGAGCACGAACGUCAUUUCCCCCACUGUCGCUUCAUCCAGAUGCUGCGCUCGAACGGUGUCGCCUACGACCAUUUCGACUAUUACGACGAUGAGGACGACUCUGAGGAGGAUGAGGAUGAUGAUGAGGAGGAGGAGGUGGAGACAGAGAACGAAGACGGUGGAGAGAGGAGAGCGACCGGUGACGUCACAGAACCGACAGCAGUCAGUGAGAGGCGGAGGAGGAGUCCCGAAGGAGUCGAGCUGAGGUUUCCGAGUUCCAGCGGACAAGAUUCGGAAUCAGCAAUGCGUGAACUAGGAGUACAAUCGCACAAGAUCCCCAAACAUCCCAAAUACUCGAUGUACGAAGCCAGACUGCAGACGUUCGUCAACUGGCCUGCAGACGUAUCUCAAACGCCCGAAGACAUUUCCGAAGCUGGCUUCUUCUAUGCGGGUAGCGGCGACCAGGUGCGCUGUUUCCACUGCGACGGUGGUCUGCGCAUGUGGGACCCCAGUGACGAGCCCUGGUUGGAGCAUGCGCGCUGGUUCCCUCACUGCCAGUUCAUUCUGCUCGUCAAGGGGCAGCCAUUCGUCGACGAGGCAAUUCUCUUGAGGCCUCCACUAGAUGAGUCACAGAUAAAGGAGCAGCUAGGCCGAGUGUCGAAGCCGAACGCGGACUAUUCAGUGGCCCCCGCCCCAGCGCAGAGAAGGACUCGGCUGCCUGUGUCCGAAUCACAGCUACAGGAACUCAUCAGCUCACCUAUUGCCACUUCGGCCCUACAACUGGGUCUGGAGUUUUCGCGCGUGAAGACGGCCCUUAGGCAAAGGGCAGCCAGUGGUGCUCCGCCCUUCGAGACGGCUCAGGCCCUUAUCAACGCUGUCCUAGACGUACAACUUGAGGAAGAUGAUCACCGCGAAACCUGGUUAACCCCUCCCAACACACCAAUACCUCCUCAGUUCGGCUCGUCCAAUCAGAGAGGGAAUAGUCGAACAAAUUUUGCAGAAUCAGCAUCCACCGAGGAGGACACUGAAGCUGAUGAUGAGGCUGACACGCCACGUGCUACACCAUCUACAGUAACAGCAUCGGCAACUACGUCAUCAUUAGAGAAAGAGCGUGAGAAGCAGACGAAUGACAGAAAGGCCGAAAGUGAGACAGAAACAGCCGCAUCUUCCACUCGCUGUCUCUCUCCCUCACCCGGCUCUAGGGCCAGUUCAGCCGCCGAAGAAGAAACCAGAAGAUCCGUCCAAUACCUAGAGGAGGAAGUGCGGAGACUUCGCGAGGCACGUUUAUGCAAGAUCUGCAUGGACACAGAGACAUGCGUGGUGUUGCUCCCUUGCGGCCAUCUUGUGACCUGUGUGCAGUGCGCCCACUCGCUCGCCGACUGCCCCGUGUGUCGUAAGCCUAUCAAGGCCACUGUGCGCACAUUCCUCGCCUGAUAGAGCGAGAGCGUGAAUGCUGUUUGGCGGAUGUAGAAGAGAGAUUGGUAUAGUGUGUGCGAGGAAGAGGUGGGAUAUACUUAGUGUCUGAUUAUCAUUUGUUGAUUCUGUUAGUGGAGUGAUAGAGUGCUGGUUGCUGUAGUUAGGUCCACGUUAUAAAGUCAGUGGAAAAGAUUACAGUGUUGCCGAUUCUCUGUUACCGCCGUCUUUUAUAUUAGAUAGCUGUAAUUCAAGUCAUCUCUGUAUAUCUGAUGUAAUUAGUUAUUGCUGAAUCUUGUUAGCUAUUGCUGAUAUAUGGAUACUAUAUAUUUCAGAUUCAACGAUUAAUAAUCAACAAUUAAUAUUAGAUCACAUGUACCGGGAUGUCUUGAAUCACAGCUGAAUAUUCACAGCUGAGUAUACUUACUCUAGAAGGCGGUGGAAAACGAAACAUGGCAACUACGCUGUCCUAACUUGUCCACUAAUUUUAAAAUCAGUGAAUCUCAUUGUAGGGAAAAGGAUAACGGAUAGGGAAAAGUAGUUGAAAGAAGGAGUGGGGAGUAGUAGUGACUUAUAAAAUAAAUAAACAAAUUAAUAAAUUUGUAAGGUUCAAGUAUAAGUUGGAAGAUGUUGAAGAAAUGGGAAGUUUACAAAAGUGCAAGAAUAAGAUUAGUAUAAGUAGGAAGAUGGUGAAGAAAUAGGAAGUAGGAGGUUGAGAAAAAGGAGAAAGAAGGAAGUGGAGAAAAGAAAGAGAAUAGUGGGAAGAAUGAGAAGGAGAAGAAGAGAAAGAGGGAAUAGAAAAGAUGGAGAGGUGGAAUGUUGUUGAUAUCGAGGAAGUGAUAGAGGGUGAAGAAGAAAUUAAGAGAAUGAGGAAAAGUAGAAUGAGGAGAAUAGAAAUGAUAGAAAGGAGGAAUGAAGAAAAUAGAAGAGAAUAGAAAGGAGGAAUGAGGAGUAGGAAAUAAAGACGGAGACAAAGAUGAAUGAUGUUGAAGUAAGAGGAAGUGAUAGGGUAUAGAAGAAAAUAAAACAGAAGGAAAAAUGUGGAAGAAAGUAGUUGGUAACAUAAGUUGAUUGAGAGCGAUUGUGAAAUGGAAAGAUUUGAAAAAGAGGAUGCUGAAGAAGUAAGUAAAAAUAAGAGAAAUUGAUGAAAAAUAAUGUGAAGAAGAGAAGGAAAAGAAGAAUAAGAAGAUGAAGAAGAAGAAGAUGAAGAAGAAGUAGAGUGAAAUAAUAGGAGCAGAAUAUGCUGAAGAAGUAAGUAAAAAGAAGAGAAAUUGAUGAAAAAGAAUGUGAAGAAGAAGAAUAAAAGGAAGAAGCAGAGUGAAAUAGCAGAAUAUUUCUCCUUAGGUCUUGAAAGAUUAAAUAUAUUGUAUUUGAAGUCUGCUGAAGCUC